CCUUUCUCCCAUACAGGCCCCUCUGGCAGCUGGGACCAGUAGAUGAACGAGGACUCUCUGAUUCGCCACCAGAUCUGAAGGAACCUCAUGGAGGACAAGUCAAUGAGAACAUUCAAGCAGGAAAACAACUUGGGGAAGAGUUAAUCAAGUACACAAGGAGAUAAAAGUACAAGUGUUAGGGAUUUAAAAGUUCAUUUAAAACGAGCCCAGAACCAUGAGUACCAUUGGGUACCGCAAGGAGCUGAAGAAGUACGAGGAGGUGGACGAAGACGAGCUGCUGGCCACGCUGUCCUCUGAGGAGCUCCAGGAGCUGGAGAGGGAGCUGGUCGACCUCGAAGACAACGUCCCCAUCGGCAUGAGGCAGAAAGACCAGACCGCCAAAACACCGACGGGGAACUUCGACAGGGACGCUCUGCUGAAAUACUGGGAGGACGAGAACAAGAAGCUGCUGGAGGACGAGAGGACGGAGUCCAACGCCGGACAGGAGGGACGCCCAGAUAAGAGCAGAGGGGAACGAAUGACCACCAGCGACGCCAGCAAGACUCUGGAAAGCGACAGGAAGAAGAUUUCACAAAAGGGGAAGAAGGUGCAGAGUGUCUUAAGCAAAAAUGCUGCAAAGGAAGACGAGGCGGAAAAGAAAGAUGAGUGUAAAAAGGAGGCUCCGAUGAGGAGUAAAUGUCUUCAGAAGAACGGCCUGUCAAAAAGCUCUAGGAGUGAGUCGAGCAAGACUGAAACAACAGAACAAAACCUGGACGCAACCUCCGACAGAGCGAGCGGGAACCCGAUCGUCCUCGAUGAAACUCUGGAGCAGAUCCUGUGUGACGACCCCACUGUGAGCGAAGUCAACCUCAACAACAUCGAAGACAUUUCCCAGGACACCUUGCUUCGUUUCGCCGAGGCCUUGUGCACAAACACUCACGUCCACGUUUUCAGCCUCGCCAACACCCACGCCGACGACCGGGUUGCCUUUGCCGUCUCCAAGAUGCUUCGUGAGAACCGCUUCAUCAGAAACCUGAACAUCGAGUCCAACUUUGUGUCCGGUCAGGGCAUCCUGGCUCUGGUGGCGGCGCUGAAGCACAACGAGACGCUGGUGGAGCUUCGCUUCCACAACCAGAGGCACAUUUGCGGAGGGAAGGUGGAGAUGGAGAUGGUGCAGCUGCUGAGGGAAAACACCACUCUGCUCAAGCUUGGUUACCAGUUCGACCUCGCGGGCCCGAGGAUGACGGCGACCAGCAUCCUGACGCGCAACCAGGACCAACAGAGACAGAAGAGGCUCCAAGAGAAGAAGGAACUGAGUCCUCCAGAGGUGUCAGGACAAGUUCCUGGUUCAUCUGCAGAAAACAGACCACCAAAGAAGCCGUCACAAUCUUCUAAGACUGUUGAAAAGCAGAACAGAAAUCCUCCUCCUCCUCCUCCUCCUCCUCCAUCUUUAGAUCCGCCGACAAGGAAGAUCUCUGAAAUGGUCAAACAGCACGAAGGUUCGAACAACACGAAGAGUCAGUCAAACCAACGGAAACCCAAGUCAAAGAAGCUCAAGAACGGCGCCAACGAAAAGGAGAGCGCAGAUAUUAUCAAAGACCUGAAAAACGCCUUGAAGCCGUCACUACAGAAGAGACGAGACGAACCGUCACGCCUGCCGCCUCCAGAGAGGUCGAGCCGCGACAGCCUGAUGGCGGCGAUUCGUGAGAGCAGCAUCGGGUCCUUGAAAAGGGUGGAAUGAACUCGCCUGCUCAUCACACCUGAACUCUUCUCACUUUGUAUUGAAACGUUUCAUUUUUAUUUCACACUAAAAUGUCACUUUUUAAACAGCAUCUUAUUUAACUCGUCACGCGGCGUAGCGGCAGACUGCAUUUCUGUAUGUUUCAGACAUUAUUGUUGUAUUUUGUUACUGUGUGAAAAUACUGAUGUGUAGAGAAAUAAAGUUUAUGUUCUGA